AUGCAUCAAUCCGCGACUGGCAAUCAACGCCAACAGCAGAAAGGCAGCGUUCAAGCCGCAUAUUUGCAGCAGGUUCGGGAUCUGGAAGACCCCUUUGCUCACUGCCUGCAUCAGAACGCCUAUGCUUCCACUCCGCCGACGCAGAUGCUUUCGGAACCGGAUCGAAUGCUUCAUGGACUAUUCCGCCCCCAUUCACCGACGGCACCAGAGAAGAUGAAGAGAAGACGUUGGUUGAGGAUGACGGUCAUCAAGAGCGCCGGCAAAUACCGCCUGGUUCGCCGCACUCACCACACGCAUCUCGUCGGAGACACCGACCUCACCUACCGCAAUCUCGUCUGCCCCAGCCACGGGACUUCGGAAGUCACCUUCCGCGCUUCGACGGACAGCCAGUACGAAGUCGAGCUGAUGCAGACCACGUCCGUCGACCUACGCACCUGGAACGGCCAGACCGCCAUCAAGAUUGGAAAAACGCGCUUUUCGAAUCGGAAACGGCGAAUGGAGCAUGUGGGCGGUUCAGACGACGCUAGCGUCCAGCAAGUCUUACACGAAGAAAGCGUGGAGCAAGGGGCAUCGGAUGACCACGAUUCGCUUUUCGGAGGGAGUGAAGCGGAGGGCCAGGAAGAUGCAAUUUCACCAGAUGCUGACAUUGUCAUGCACGACGACGGACGAGGGGGUUUUCGUCGUUGCGGGGAAAUUGACGGACUUGACGCUGAGCGUGGCGGGGGCUGGAGAUAUUGCUUCAAUCCCAGCGAAAGUUUGGUCGUGCUAGAUAUACAGGAGAGGACGCUGCAGAUCUUGGUUACCUGCACAGAUCUCAUGCGGGGUGGGAAAGCGGGAGCAACGAUUGACCUUGCGCAAUCUGCGCCCACCGCUGGACUCGAUGCUCCGGCUCAGGAGCAUCAGAAGCAUCCUCAAAGUCGAAUCUACUUGCUCAAACUUAUCAACCGCCGUUCGAAUGAAUGUCGAGGUUACCUUGGGACCAGGCUCGACAGCAGGGAAGGGAUGACGAGCAAAGAGUUGGGCACGGUCAUGCGAUCCAUGGGUCAGAACCCAAGCGAGUCUGAGCUACAAGACAUGAUCAACGAGGUCGAUAAGGCCGAGAAGGGAGCGAUGGCAAAAGUCCGGGCAGAACAUCCGGAUCUGUCGAAAGAAGACUUCGAGACGAAUAUUUACGAAAAGGGUGUAGUCCUCGAGCAGUCGACACCAUGA